AGUUUGGAGAAGAUUAUUCAACGAGACUUCUUUCCUGAUGUGGAGAAGUUGCGGGCGCAGAAGGAAUAUCUGGAGGCUGAAGAAAACGGUGACUUGGAGAAAAUGAGACAAAUUGCUAUCAAGUUUGGCUCCUCCUUGGGCAGAUCAUCAAGGGAUACACCUGCACCCUAUGUUACUCCAGCCACAUUUGAAACCCCAGAAGUGCAUCCAGGUGGCCUUCCCCUGGGGAGUAAAUCCAAAGCUGGUAUCAAAACUGCAGAGGAAGGAGAAGCGGAGAAAGAUGACAAAGAUGCACUUCCCAGUCUGGACAGCUUCUUAGCAAAACACACAAGUGAAGAUAACGCUUCGUUUGAGCAGAUCAUGGAAGUGGCCAAAGAGAAGGAGAAGGUCAAGCACGCUUGGCUGUACAGUGCAGAGGAGGAGUACACCCAGCGACGAAAUGAGAACCUGGCCCUUCCUUCAGCAGAGCAGCAAGCUCUGGAGAAUGUGAAAGCAGGGCUGGAGACCUGGGAGUAUACGGCUCGAAACACCCUCAUGUAUUAUCCGACAGGUGUACCUGAUGGGGAUGACACAUUUAAGAAGCCCAGGGAAGUUGUCCAUCGAAACACCCGUUUUGUGAAGGACCCUUUUAGCCAGGCUGUGAGCAAAUCACAGCUCCAACAAGCUGCAGCCCUCAACGCUCAGUACAAACAGGGCAAAGUGGGACCAGAUGGAAAAGAACUGAUACCCCAAGAGUCUCCAAAAGUGAAUGGAUAUGGAUAUGUAGCCACUCCCUCUCCAGCUCCUGGUGUGAAUGAGUCUCCAUUUAUGACAUGGGGUGAAAUCGAAAGCACCCCUCUGCGUCUGGAAGGGUCAGAAACGCCCUACGUGGACAGAACACCUGGACCAGCCUUCAAGAUCCUGGAGCCUGGGCGCCGUGAGAGGUUAGGACUCAAGAUGGCCAAUGAAGUAGCAGCUAAGAACCGAGCAAAGAAGCAGGAGGCACUUCGAAAAGUGACGGAGAACUUGGCCAGCCUCACUCCAAAAGGACUAAGCCCGGUGAUGUCUCCAGCUUUGCAAAGACUAGUAAACAGGACUGCAAGUAAAUACACCGACAAAGCGCUGCGAGCCAGCUAUACUCCUUCCCCAGCCCACACGGGAACCCCGGGUUACAAGACCCCAGCAAGUGGGCCUCGUACACCUACAAGCACCCCACAGGCAAGGACAGUAUCUCAGACCCCAGUCUCUCAGGAUACUACAUCGAUCACAGACAAUUUACUGCAGCUUCCUAAAAGAAGGAAGGCAUCUGAUUUCUUCUGAAUCUUCCAGCCACCCGCAAGGCAAUAGUGAGCUGGCUGUGCUCAGCCCUCUGCUAACUGGAUGUUGUGAGCAAUCUGCUGUAAGGGGUGUCUAGAUACAGCUACCGGAAUGGAAGCCA